GGUGGGAGGCCUGGUUACGCUUAAGGUUCCAGCGACUUCCCUUAAGGCGGGGGUCGCAGCCUGAGAAUGGGGGUGGGAUGAGAAAGCGGGUUGGCCACGUCUCUGUGGAACGGACGGCCUUUUUCUUCUUCAUAUUUGGUCAGCAGUGUUAAUGGGGUGAAGCAUGCAGGGAAAGGGGUGGCUAGGCUGAGAGAUGGAGAGAGGGAAUGCCACGUGCAAAUCGAAUGAAAGGCCCCUCUGAUCCGACAUUGUUUCCAGCGGCGGCCAGCAAGCCGCUUCCAGGCACUCCCAAGCAAAAUAUAAUGAAUAUUCCCCCAUCGUGUGCUGCAUCAAACAUGGCACAACCGCUCUUGAAAAGCAAUGCACCUUUGGUCCCUGGAGAGCUUUCAAGAGCUUGACUCAGACUGUGCUUCCCUAACUCACCAGGAGACUAACAAAGAGGAAGGGCCCAGAGGAGAAGCAGAAGAUCCUGAAGAAACUCAGCUCUUCUGUGCUGCAGGUGAUAGCAGGAUGGAAGCUCUUGACAGUGGAAAAGAGAGAAUUCCUAGAGACCCAGAGAGCUGUGAUAUUCCUUUCUAUGUGUCUGAAUUUGUGGAAAGGGAUGUUGGAAUUGACUAUGAUUCAUUAGGCAAGCUGGGCAAACUUAUUGAACAACUGUCGGAAAAUAAAGUAAAGUUAGAAGAACAGGUGCUUACAGUUUCAUCUGAAGUUCCCAAAAGAAUGCAGAAGGCCUUACAGAAUGCAGAGGACUCUAAGAAGUCUCUCAAUCGGCUUCUAGAGAAUGAAAGCCUUUUGUAUGAUUCAAUUAAUAAUCACUUGUUGACAUCCAAGCCAUGGAUGGAGGAUCUUGGUGUACUGAUAAGUCAAAUAAAAGAAGUUGAAAGGCACCUUGCUUAUUUAAAAUGGAUUUCACAAAUAGAGGAAUUAAGUGACAACAUUCAGCAAUAUCUUAUGACCAACAAUGUGCCAGAAGCUGCUACUACUUUAGCAUCCAUGGCUGAAUUAGAUAUCAAGCUUCAGGAGUCAUCUUGUUCUCAUCUUCUUACUUUCAUAAGAUCUACUGUUCAAUUCUGGCACAAGAUCCUGAAGGAUAAAUUGUCAAGUGAUUUUGAGGAGACUUUUACUCAUCUUCAUUGGCCAUUUGUUGGACCAGCACAAUCCCAGCCUUUUGGCUUGGCUACAGCACCAGCCAAUGCCCUGGAGAUAUACACUAACUUUGAGACUCUGUUUUCUCAACUUCUGAAACUGCAAACUUCAGAUGAACUAUUAACCAAACCAAAACAGCUUCCGGAAAAGUACAUUCUUCCUCCAUCUCCACCUAUAAUACUACCUAUGCAGAUCAUGCUGGCUCCUCUUCAGAAAAGAUUCAAGUAUCAUUUCAUAGGGAAUAGGCAAACAAAUGUGUUAAGCAAGCCUGAAUGGUACCUUACCCAAGUGCUCAUGUGGAUUAGAAAUCAUGCUAAGUUUCUUGAGGACAAAAUCCAACUAAUAUUGGACAAGGCAGGUUCUUCAGUGAAUGCAAGGCUGGAAUUUUCCCGAGCUUUGGUGAUGGUGAUCCUGGAGAAGUUGUCUGCUGAUAUUCCUUGCUUGCUGUAUGAUGACAGCCUCUUCUGUCAUCUGGUGGAUGAGGUACUAAUGUUUGAGAGAGAGCUACACAGUGUUCAUGGAUAUCUCAGCAGCUUUCCCAGCUGCAUGCACAUUUUAUCAGAAGAAACCUGUUUUCAAAGAUGGUUAACUGUGGAAAGAAAAUUUGCUCUUCAAAAGAUGGACUCAAUGCUUUCAUCUGAAGCUGCCUGGAUAUCACAGUAUAAAGAUAUCACAGAUGUAGAUGAAAUGAAAGUACCAGACUGCGCUGAAACCUUUAUGACUCUGCUACUAGUUAUCACAGAUAGGUAUAAGCAUCUUCCUACAGCUGCUAGAAAGCUACAGUUCCUAGAAUUGCAAAAAGAGUUGGUGGAUGACUUCAGAAUACGGCUAACUCAAGUUAUGAAGGAAGAGACAAGAGCACCUUUAUCUUUCCGGUACUGUGCAAUCCUAAAUGCUGUUAACUACAUAGCAACAGUGCUUGCAGAUUGGGCUGACAAUGUUUUCUUUUUGCAGCUUCAGCAGGCUGCGCUAGAAGUUUGCGCUGAUAGCAAUGCACUAAGUAAACUACAACUAGGCCAACUGGCUUCUAUGGAAAGCUCUGUCUUUGAUGAUAUGAUUAACCUCCUUGAGCGACUAAAACAUGACAUGCUGACUCGUCAGGUAGACCAUGUCUUCAGAGAUGUCAAAGAUGCUGCCAAGAUGUACAAAAAGGAAAGGUGGCUCUCUUUGCCAUCCCAGUCAGAACAGGCAGUAAUGUCCUUGUCAACUACUGCCUGCCCACUGCUGCUGACCUUGAGAGACCAGCUGCUACAACUUGAGCAGCAGCUUUGUUAUUCAUUGUUCAAAAUCUUUUGGCAAAUGCUUGCAGAGAAGGUGGAUUUAUUCAUCUAUCAGGAAAUAAUACUGGCCAAUCACUUUAAUGAAGGAGGAGCAGCGCAGCUCCAGUUUGACAUGACUAGGAAUCUUUUCCCUUUAUUUUCACAUUACUGCAAACGGCCAGAGAAUUAUUUCAAACACAUAAAGGAAGCCUGUAUUGUACUGAAUUUAAAUGUUGGCUCAGCCCUACUCUUGAAGGAUGUGCUACAAUCUGCCACUGAAAAUAGAACUGAAACCAUAUUGAUUUCAAAUCAGCCCACAGCAGUGGCAGCAUUAAAUGAACUUGGAAUUUACAAGUUAGCUCAACAAGAUGUGGAGAUUCUUCUUAAUUUGAGAACAAAUUGGCCUAACACUGGGAAAUAAGGAAACAGAAUGAAGAGAGACUAAUCACUAUUGCAUUCUAUAAAAAGCAAAGCCAAAUUUCUCUGUGCUCUUACUUGUUUAGUAACAUGCUUUUUUUUUUGAGUGAAGGUGAAAUUAGCUGUAUAGAUGUCAGUUUCGAAGAUACAAUUUUAUAUUUGGUACAGUUCAGCAAGUAUUAGAAUUGAACAAUAUGUUCAACUAGAAGAUAUUCUUGUUUAAUAAGACAAUAUUCUAACACAUAUGCUGUAUAAUAGGAACAAGCCCCUUACAGGAACAAAUUCGAUUCUUUUAUUCUUUUAAGAGUUUGUGAAGGACAAAUUUGAUUCUUUAAUUCUUUUAAUAAUUCAUUUUUGAGCUACGUUGAGUUGCUCACCCUUGUUGGCUGUUGAACUAUACAGAAUGAUCUACAUUCAGAUGGACUGUCUCUAUGAUCUUCCAAAGACUCACUUUACAAGGGCUCUGAGCUAUUACAUCAGAAAUGUUUGCAGUGGUCUCCUAUCAACACCAGGUGCUAUGGUGGGAGCCAGUGUGGUCUGCAGCAUUUUCUGUGGUUUUCAAUAGUUCCCUAUGUUUACUGAAGAACCUAAAUAUAAGACUGUGAGGCUGAAAAGUGCUUCACUGAUGCAAGUGCUGGAGAAACACCCUACCCCGUUCCAAUGGUAAUAGCUGUGAUAAUUACAAAUGUGUAAAAUGAAACAACCUUACAUUCCACCUGAUAGACUAAUAGAUUUAUUUUGGUAACUAGAUUAAAACCUAUCUUAAUAUAAUCUAAAAAUGAUUUUGCACAUUGUUUGCAAUAUAAAGGUAAGGUUUCUUGAGGCUGAGAAAUAGCUUUUAAUAUAGCUGACACUCAUCUAGUUACUGGUAGGUAGUGAUAGAUGAUAAAGCAAAAACAGGUAGAUAUGUAUAAUUAAGCCUUCAUUAUAGAGAGAGUUAAGGGCAAUAAGCAAUGCAAGUCUCCCACUGUGAAAUAAAUGGAGCCAAACCUGCUUAAUUAUGGCUGCAAUGGGCACAGCAUUUGACAAUGAAAGAUUACUACAAAAUAUUUCAACCUUUGUCAAGAAAAUAUGAAAUUCCACAACUGCAAUAGUAGUGAUGCAGUUUUUAUUACACCUGAACAAGGCCACUAUAUCUAUAGACAUAAAAAUGAAAAUACUACUUUUUCAGAAGUAAAAUAUGAAGUCAUAUGAAGAUUAAAAUGCUGCCCACAUUUCAGCAAAUUUUUUCAUCCUGUGGGAAAACAAAGAGCAACACUGAGUAUAUAUAAAUUGCAGAAACCUUUCACCAUUAACAAAAUAUAGUAUAAGGGGGAAUAGUAUGCCUUUAUUAAAUUGAACAAGCACAUUUUGGGGGGUAUAUUUUGUUUACACAACAUCUUUGCAUGCUAAUACAUCUGUUCUGGACUGU